AUGGGACGGGCGAGAGCUUCCAACGCAAACAAGAGGCUCGGGAUCCUGUUUGCUCGAGCCGUGACGGCAGACGUGAAAGAAGCGAGCAAGUUUCGAUCGUCCUACACUCUUGACAGAACCGGGAAGUUGUCUCUCUUUCGAGCCUUGUCUGCAUUCAUGCCAUCAGCCAUAAGGAAUGAAUGCAACCACGUCGGGAGGCAAGGCCUCACGUUGGUGGAAUACAAUAAGUGUCUGGAGCAGAAUGGUUUCCCCAAGCGAUGGUUGAAUCCAAAACAUUGCAAUGAUUUGAAGCUGCUGGAUGCCGGAUGGGAGGUUCUGAAAGACUUCUGUCCUGCACAAGAUCUCUCGACGCUAAAGGCAAAAUUCCUGCUCGUGUGCCAACAAUUUCACGAUGCUUGGGAAGAGGAUACACAAUUCAAACCGUCGCUGCGAAAGUCACACACACAAUUACGAAGCAUCGGAAUGUGCAUCACUCAAACAGAACUGCUCAGGGACAUGCCCAAGAACUACUUGUGA